AUGUACACGUCCGGUUCCACAGGUCUGCCCAAGGGUGUCAUGCUUACACAUCACAAUAUGGUGUCCGCAUGCAUCGGCUUGAAGGAGGCCCUACCGGAUGUUGUUCCUGGAGAAGAUUGUUUCAUUGGAUUCCUACCUUUAGCCCAUAUUUUUGCCCUGUGCGCCGAGAAUUUCCUGCUAAUUAAUGGCUGUAUGGUCGGUUAUGGCGGCGCCCUUACUCUCACGGAUAACUCGCCCAAGAUCAAACCAGGGACUAAGGGAGAUAUCAGUGAGCUCAGACCUACCUACUUGGCAGCAGUGCCUACCAUCAUGGACCGUAUUCGCCAGGCCGUGACUGGUAAAGUGGCCGCCGGAUCGCCUCUGGUUCAGAAGUUAUUUAACAAGGCUUUUAAGUCCAAGAAAGCGGCCAUUAAGAAAGGAAAGGGCACACCUAUCUGGGACGCCAUCGUAUUCAACAAGAUCAAGGCAGUUCUGGGUGGUCGUGUGAAGGAUAUUUUCUCCAGAGGUGCGCCUCUGGCAGCUGAUUCGCAGUGGUUUAUCAUCGUUAUGUUUGGUGUACCUGUGUGUCAAGGUUACGGUCUCACCGAAACUUGCUCGUCCGGUACUAUUGCAUCCGAUAAAGAUCGUGACUCGUUCGGUAAGGUUGGAGGACCUCUAGCUGUUGUAGAUGUGAAGUUUAAGGAUUGGGAAGAAGGCAACUACAAGGUCACAGACAAGGAUGAUAAGACUAUCGGUAUGCCUCGUGGCGAGAUCUUAUUGAGUGGUCCAUGUAUCGCUAGCGGCUACUACAAGUUGCCCGAAAAGACGGCAGAAGAAUUUAUCAGGGACGAAUCUGGUCAGAUGUGGUUCCACACUGGCGAUAUCGGACAGAUACAUAAAAAUAGAAACCUGCAGAUCAUUGAUCGAAAAAAAAGAUUUGGUCAAACUGCAACAAAGCAAAUACGUGUCUCUAGGGAAGGUAGAGAGUAUGUUGAAGGCAGCGAACUACAUUGA